CAGACAGAGCAGCAAUCGAAGCAGUGUUAACCUAACCUUCUCUUCUUCAAGGGUUAGAAGAGUUGUCAUGGAGAGAUGUGUUGGCCAUGGCAGUGACUGAAUGUUAAAGUUUUAUCGGCUGCGGUGUGUUCAAAUGCCAUUCCGUCCUAGCAAGAAAAGAGGUUGUAUUUAAGGACAACAUUAAAGUGAUUGAGCUGUGUAAAAAUUAGCAAGAUUACAAGGUUUCAUAGCUUUCAGUUUAUUCUAACAACAUUUAUUUGAGAACAGAAAGGUGUGUAGUGUAUUCAAGGUUCAAGCUGAAUCAUUUAAGAGUCUCCACAUUCAGCAUUAGCCAGUGACAAUUCCUACAUAAAGCCAAAAAGAAAACAGGAGUCACCCAGUUCAGUUCUGGCAAGCUGUGAAAUUCAGAGUAAGCAUAUAAUGACUGACGAAUCAGGUGUAUUUUAUCCAGGAAACCAUGAAGGUCAGAUGUGCUAUGGAGGAGAAGCUGAUCUACACAAAGAUGUUGCAGAAUGUAAGAAGAAUCCAAGUCAUGAACCUUUUAUACCUCUUAAGGAUUUCAACAAAAUGUGUCUCCCCUUACGUUACCAUGACGACGACCUGAUUAAAUCACCUGGUAGGCCUACAGAUCUGGCUUGCUGUGAAAGCCAAAAUAAGAAUAAAAUGAAUGACCAACCAGGUGUGCUUUGUCCAGGAAAUCAUGAAGCUGAGAUGUGCUAUGGAGGAGAAGCUGAUCUACACAAACAUGUUGCUGACUGUAAGAAGAAUCCAGGACACAAAGGUUUUAUACCUCUCAAAGAUUUCAACGCAAUUUGUCUCCCCUCACGUUACCAUGACGACGACCUCAUGUCUGAGACAAUCAAAACAUUGGCAGCCCUAACUGUCCAGGUAAAGACUAAAUUCACCAGUCUAGAGAGACCAGAGUUUUACCCAGGCACUCAAGUUCCAUAUCCAUGUUAUAAUGACAGAGGAAGUCACGUGAUGAGGUUAGGGACGGGGAGGGUGUGGCGUUUGGACAAGUACACAGAGAGUGAUAGAAAAACUUGUCGUUGUGCCAAGUGUCAAGUCUCUGCUACACCUAGCAAAGUGUGGGGGAUGGUUCGUGUGGUGACAGCCACACACGUGGUGUUUGAUGACAGUGAGGCGAGACAGACCAGGUGUGUUGUAGGUUUUGAUGACAAUAAAAGUCCUGGGGUCAAUCUUGAUGGCUGGGAGGUGGUGGGUGUGCCAAACAUUGAGAGAGACUGGCGUGAGUUGAUUUAUGUGACAUGUGACUUAAAUUUGGUUGAUGAACUGGACACGAUGAGGCGGCGCUUUGAUGUUCUAUGUGGGGAAGUAGAUGACAAAUACUGGAGAUUUGAUGAUGUGGACAAGCUGACCGUUAUAGUGUCACAUCCUCAUGGCUGUCCUAAACAGGUCUCUGUAGGACAAUGGACACACCGACAUGAGAGGGAUGGCUGGACCAGGUACUGGUACACAACAUGUACAUGUCCUGGCUCCAGUGGAGCACAUGUCUACAUGCUGGGACAUGUCGGGUUGUUUUAUCACCAUCCCCACAGUGGAUCAAACUCUGAAGGAAAUUAUGGUGGGGAGUGGUUUGACUGAUGUAACUCUUAGUUCUCUCCCCUUGUCUACACAAUGUAAACAAACAAAAUGGCGGAAUCUUUGCCGUCUCUAAACUCUUGUGUUAAGACUUGCAUGUAUAAUGAACAUUUUGACACAUGUAUAUGUUUAAUGCAAAUGUUUUGAUUGUUUUAAACCGUUUAAUCUAAUUAAUUUGCAUGUAACAUAAUAAAUGUUAAUUUUUGUGUGUUUCAAAUGGUGUUAAUUUUAUGCUUUUUUUGUCGGCAAAUUGUUAGGCUAUUACCUACUUAUUAAAUGUCAUGCUCAUAUUGUUUGUCUUUGUUUAUAAAAUGUUCACACUAAACGACAUUAAACGAUAAUUUAAAUUUUUUAAA